AUGGGGGCGGAGGAGGAGGCAAAUGCGCUCUCCCGUAUUCACUCACCACCCUCCAGCACAGCAGAACCUGAAUCCAUCCUUCCGGCCUCCUGUUUCGUUGGAGGGGCGACGUGGGAGAUCGAGCAGGUGGUCAAGGAGGCCCAAAAGACCCAACCUGAUCCCAAGACCGGGCCUCCAGACUGCCUGUCGUCCCGGAUUCAGCACAGUUCGUUCAAGCCUGCUCCGUCUGAGCCCGAAGGAAGUCUUCUCACUGACCUCCAGCUGACCUGCUGCGCCCCUUGCCAAUUCCCAGCCGCCCUUGGAGUCACAUCGCUGUGGACUUCGUUACCGGCCUGCCCACCUCUGAAAGACGUCUGGGCAGUUUGGAAGGACGUCCGGGCAGCGCUGAACCAGUCCGCGGCAAGCAACUCGCGGACUGUCAUCGCUCCCCGACGCCCGAAUACAAGCUCACCCGGGGAAGACUGGCAGGACACCAGGAGGCGUCCGUUGAGAGGGGGGUACUGUCAUAUACUGCCUUGCAGUUCUAUUGUAGUAGCCUGGAGGGCUCUUUGCAUCCUCUCUCUGUCCCCCCUCCCCUCAGCACCUGUCUCCAAUCAGCCUCAUCACCACCGGUAUUUAAGCCGGCCUGUUCCAGGAAAUCCUCGCCAAAGUAUUGCAGCCUCUCCUAGCGGUACCACGGCCCACCGUAUUCAAGUAAGCCACUUAACUCCUCGUUCCCUUGUUAACUCUUGUGUCUCCUCGUUCUCAGUGCUCCCCUGUGUUCCUGACCCACGUCAUUCCUGUCACCAAGCCAGCCGCCUGUUCUGUCCAUUGCCUGCCACCUGUCCACGCCGCCGCCUGCCAACACAUCCAGGACCACCUCCAUAACCUUUGCUGAAUAAACUGUUCAUCAUUUUACAUCUGCCUCCACCUGCUCUUAGAUCAGCAUUACUUUGUUAAACAAAAUGAAGAAGCCUCCGGACUAAAUCAGUAGACUACGGCAUACAUUUAAACUGAUAUACAGUAUAUAUAUGCACUACUGUUCAUUCAUACCGCAAUUAUGUAUAUACUGUUAACGAAUGUAUAUUCAUUCAUUGAGCAUGUAUAGUUGGGGCUGGCAGGAUCUCAUUCUGUAAGGACUUGGAUUUUGGAAUCAGAGGUCAUGGGUUAAAAUCUCACUACGGACAGAAAUGGCAACUAGUUGUUGGAGAGAAGCUAGUGUGCUUGCUGGCCACUGUCAGGUUGCUUUUUAGAAAGACAUUGUCCCCACCACCCCAUCUCAAGUGGAGCAGCAGUCUUUGGGCACCUCUUUCACUCUCCCUCUCUACCUGCAUGUGUGUGAUGUGGUUCUAUUUUAUGUGUAGUGUGCAACUCGUAGGAAAAGUACAAAAAUGGUGGCUUACCCCUCCUCGCCAUUCUCCAUAUGCCACCAUGCCUUCUAUAAAGGUAAAAGAGAUGUUCAUUCAUCCAUUUCAUUAGUCAUAUUUUAGUUCACAUUUUUUUCCAUGUUAAACUAUAGUUAUUCUCUGUAAAAUAUUUUUUUUUGGGAGGUCUGCAACAUAUUUCCUUUGAGAAAUAUUGCUUUGGUUUUCACCAAAUUUGUUUUUUGGUAUUUUGGAAUGGAUUAAACAUGAAAACCAAGGUUCCACUGCACUGGCUUUGGCACAAAGGUCAAGCUAUUUUUUUGAAGUUCACGUCUGGGGAAAAAAAGGAACCCUGAUCACGUCAUACAUUUGUGUGGCUACUUGAUACUGGCCAGAAGUUGUAGGGCUACAUCCUAAAUUGAAAAGCAAGCAAGCAAGCAAGCAAACAAACAAACAAAAAAACAUGUUUCAUAAGGAUUAUCUGAGAAUUUUUACCCACUACUCUAUAUCAAAUAAAAAACACACUGGUUUGACAGAAAAACAGUGACAUUUGCUGGUUGUGGUGGUGCAGUCUGGGGUAGCAAGUGAGAAUUGUAGGGUUGUUUGUAAAUUUGAACACACACUGUAUGACUAAAAAAAAUAAAACGAGAAUAAAAUUGUAUCCACAUUCUAAUAAACUAAAGCUCGUACGGUCUCUUCUCUGUGAUUCUUUU